UGUCUUGUUGUUGUCCAUAUGACGGUUUGCUCUCAUGCGGUAACUUGUUCCAAUUGCAAGGUGGACCUCCAAGAGAAGCCUGAUUGGAUGACCGUGAAUCAAUUCUGCGGCAUUUUCCAGCGCAAUGCAGAAGCUGCCAACCUUGCCAAGGGCUGGACUGUCCCCAAAGAUUGCAUCGACUACAUUGGAGACUACAUGACAAAGGGGUUGUAUGGGGGUGAUGUGUGGGGAGCAACUCUCCAAUCUACUAAGUUUGCAAGGGCCCUCCCGCGUAACAGUACCGACUUUGACCUUUGGGUGCAACAAGGCAAGGCUGUAGCAAUCAAGUCUUCUUUGGAUUUCUACAACGAGCUGUUGUGUGCAAACUGGAGAAUCGUGCUCAUCUCCGAUAGAUCCGAGAAGCGACGUGAAGCAACGGAAAGGAACCUGCGUGCUGCAGGCUACAGUGGCUGGACAAAAUUAAUCCUGGACUAUCAGUUCAAUACAAAUGAGCUGCACAUACAACAAGAUGCCACUGCAGUGACAGGAGCAUCAGGGGAGAAAACAAUCUCAAUUGAAAAUUUCCCGGACAAAGUUGACCAAGAAAAGUUUAUGUUCUUUAAGCUGCCUAACCCCAUGUACUAGUGUGUGCGUGCAAUUCGUAAUAAAUUGCUGCGCGUUGCAUUGCAGCAA